AUGGCAUAUGACCGCUAUGUUGCCAUCUGCAAGCCCUUGCACUAUGAGAUGGUCAUGAACAGAAGAGCAUGUGUCCAGAUGGCAUCCAGUGCCUGGGUAGCAGGGAUGCUCAAUUCUAUCAUGCACACUUGGAACAUGUUUGCAUUCACUUUUUGCCAAGGCAAUGUAGUGGACUUGUUCUUCUGUGAAAUCCCCCAGCUCCUUAAGCUCUCCUGUUCGGACACAUAUUUCAGGGAACUGUUUAUGAUGUUUAUCAGUUUCUGCUUAAUUCUGUCCUGUUUUAUUCUGAUUGUUGCGUCCUAUAUUCAGAUCUUCAGUGCAGUCCUGAGAAUCCCCUCAGACCAGGGCCGGCAUAAAGCCUUUUCUACGUGCCUCCCUCACCUCAUUGUGGUCUCCUUGUUUAUCUUUUCUGGCACAUUUGCCUACUUCAAACCUACCUCCCAUUCCCCAUCGGGAGUGGACCUCAUAGCAGCUGCCAUAUAUUCAGUAGUGCCCCCCAUGAUGAAUCCUAUUAUCUACAGCAUGAGGAACAAGGAGAUUCUUGCGGCUAUGAGGAAACUGGCUCACUGUCUGUUCUUCACUGACCAGGUGUCCAUUCUUCUCUAA